UGAGGCUCACGAGGAGGCAUAGGCCAUCUGGUCUGGGUCUGGUCGGUCGUCUUCCACUCCAUCCGAUCGACCAACCAGCCGAUGGGUUCUCGCGGCUGCUUCUGCAAGCGACCCGCGGCCAUGGGCAAUCUUCUUCUUCUUCUUCCCCACCCGGCCAAGGCCAAAUUGAGGCCUCCCACCACGGCGGCGAAGCGCGGUACACUCUUCUUCUGCAGCCUCAGCACCGAUGGUCCGUCGUCGACGAUGACCGUCUCCAUCACUGGCGCCACCGGUUUCGUUGGCCGCAGAUUGGUCCAAAAGCUUCUCUCCGAAGAUCACAAGGUUUGCGUCUUAACGCGGUCCGCCAGCAAGGCCACAUCAGUUUUUCCGGGUAAGAACAGCUUCCACAUUUCCAGGAAUUACAAUAGCCGAGCAGGGAGACUGGGAUAAGUGCAUCCAAGGCUCCACUGCUGUUGUUAACUUGGCAGGCAUGCCCAUAAGCACAAGGUGGUCACCUGAGAUUAAGAAGGAAAUCAAGGAAAGCCGAAUCAACGUUACAUCAAAAGUGGUGAAUUACAUAAAUAAUGCCAGUGGUGAUGCUCGGCCCUCAGUUUUCGUGAGCGCAACAGCCAUUGGCUUCUAUGGUACCAGUGAGAUCAGUAGCUUCGAUGAGUCAAGUCCGUCAGGCAAUGACUAUCUAGCAGAGGUGUGUCGAGAGUGGGAGGCCAGGGCAUGCCAAGUAAACCAAGAGGAUGUUAGGCUUGUGCUUCUUCGGAUUGGGGUUGUUCUCGGCAAGGACGGCGGCGCUCUAGCCAAGAUGAUUCCCCUUUUUAUGAUGUUUGCCGGCGGCCCCCUGGGGACGGGACGGCAAUGGUUUUCCUGGAUUCACCAGGACGACCUGGUGGACCUCAUCUACGAGUCCCUCAAGAACCCAUCAUAUAAAGGCGUGAUAAACGGAACCGCACCCAACCCGGUUCGGCUGUCGGAGAUGUGCGAGCGGCUGGGGCGAGUCGUCGGCCGCCCCUCCUGGCUGCCGGUGCCAGAAAUCGCCCUCAAAGCGGUGCUCGGAGAAGGUGCAUCAGUGGUCCUGGAAGGGCAGAAGGUUCUUCCUGUGAAGGCCAAGCAACUGGGCUUCUCCUACCGAUACCCCUAUGUACAGGAUGCACUCCGGGCCAUUGCCAGGGACCUAUGACUGAUCGACUCAGAUGAAUACUCAAAUCGAUCGAUCCGCCGUGCACGCACAACAGUAGAUAUCAAAAUUGAAAUAUAUUAUAUAUACCAAAAGCAAACUAUUAUUGUUGUUGGCUUGUAUUAUCUCUGAUUAAACUAGGCCAUACGUUUCAUUGGAUGGCGUACGUCUUUCCACCAUUUUUAGACUGAAGCAAAUAUAUGCACGUGAAUGAAUGAGUAUAUAUUUUCUUCG